UAUGAGAGCGAGACAUUGCAGCCUCCGCGCGAUGGCGUCCUCCCUGGAAGACGAAGCUAUCGCCGAAGCCGAAUCCCCGACGCUCGCGACGCCAAUUUGUGCUCGAGAUUGACGAUGCCGAUGUGAAGCGAAGCGAGAGUGAAGUGAAGCAUUUGCAAUGAGACGAUGUGCUGAGAUGUGAAAUUGCGCUUUCGCAGAUACCUCAUUUGCCCUAGUUUCGCUGCAACGAUGCCGACGUCGCUGGAGAAGCCUCGAGCGGAGAUGGAUUUGAGGCCCAAGGUGGCGGAGCUCGAGGCUCUCGUUUCCGAAUUGCGGGGACAGAAUGAGAUUCUCAGGAAGGAAAAUGGAAUAUUGAGUUCCCGUUUAGCUGAAUUCGAGAGUGGUCUCAAGACAAAGCCUGGACGUGAAGGGAUUUUUGCGAGCGAAUCAUUGUUGCAGACGCCUGAAAGGUCAGAGGAUGCUGCUCAGCAAGUGAAGAGGGUUCUUGGUUUGAAGUGUCUGUCUGAGAAUCCAGUUUCUGACAUCCCGUCCACAGAGAGCAAACUUCCUAAAGUAAAAGGAAAACGGAAUAAGAAAAGAAAUGCCAUGGAAAAAAGCAUGUCCCAUUAUUGCUCUCGUCACGUAGCACUGAAAGUGAUGUAUCUGGGCACCGGGUAUCAAGGAUUUGCAUCGCAGGCUGGUUCGCCAAACACAGUUGAGACAGAACUUUUUGCCGCGCUUCAUAGGACACGAAUGAUUACUGGGACUGCAGCAGAAGCAAAGUAUACAAGAUGUGGGCGCACGGAUAAAGGGGUGUCUGCCGUUGGCCAGGUCGUUGCAUUGUAUCUUCGAUCAAAAAUUCAACCACGGCGUCAAGAAAAUAUUGUGUCUACUGGAGAUGCUGAAGAAGAGCUCAAUUCAAAGAGCUCGAUUAGUGCUCAAGGUGUUCCUGAAGGAGAAGAUGGCUCGUUCACCAAGAAUUCUGGAUUUGUUAUGGAUUUGUCAUGCAUAGAUCAUUCUGGAGACAGAGUUGCUAUGGCUCGAGCAAGUCGUAAAGAAGAGGAGCAAUUCGCCAGAACUGCAUCAGAUGAAGACGAAUAUGACUACGUCGGAAUCUUGAAUAGGGCACUUCCAGAAGAUAUACGAGUGCUUGGUUGGUGCCCUGUUCCACCAGGGUUUAAUGCCAGAUUCAGUUGUAUGUAUCGUGAAUACAAGUAUUUCUUCAUCGACGAUGGUCUGAAUAUUGAUGUGAUGAAGUUUGCUUGUAAGCAAUUUGAAGGAGAACAUGACUUCACGAAUUUCUGCAAGAUGGACGCCGCCAACGUACAUAACUACAUGCGUACGAUAACCCAUUUUGACAUAAUACCUUCAAAUGAAAAAUGGGGUGGGAAAUCCGUAUGGAUAAUGAACGUCAAAGGCACUGCAUUUCUUUGGCAUCAAGUUCGCUGUAUGGCUGCAGUUCUAUUCAUGGUGGGCGCUGGUCACGAGAAGCCAACAAUUGUAGAAGAGUUGCUCGAUGUAAAAAAAAUUGUGAGAAAGCCACAGUACAUUAUGGCGUCUGAAACGCCUCUUCUUCUUUUCCAUUGUGGAUAUCAAGGCCUUUCGUUUCGUUGUCAUCCUGAUGCCGUGAAACGCCUUCGUCUGCACCUGGAGUCUUUGUUACAGACCUCUAUUGUGAAUUCGUCGCUUCUUCUGCAGGGAUUACUCGAGCUUCCAUCUCCAGUAUAUUGUGCAGCAAAGAAACCCACACAACCAGGAGAUUCACAGUCCAGGAAAGGUCUACACGUUCCCAUGCUGAAACGGCCCACAGAACCAACGUACGAGGAGCGUCGAAGGAUGCUGGGCGGUAGCCAACCAGAGUCAAUUUAGAUCAGCAUGGAGGGAUAAAUGUUUACUUGUGAUUCAAGAUUACUUGCUUAUCAGGGAAACACAGUCCAUCCUUCAUGACAGCCAGUCUUCAUCUGAUGGGAACUGUCAUACUUGACUGGCAAUAUGCGACGCACUGCCUCGUUUCCGGAGUGAACACCCUUUAGCUUGAUGGCGUGGAUACAAUCACCUGAUCGCUCUAGCAUCUACACCCCUUCCGCACCCUUGGCAAAAAUGUCAAAAAGAUUUAGCAGGACAUAGCCAGACAUCUCCUCAUCGUAUGCACUUACCAGUGAUAAUGCAUCACACUUAAUUUCGUCAUCAAGGAAUCACUGGAGUAACCAAUCUAGACUUCAAUUUGGUGAAUUUCUUGCGGCGCAUACUCCGCCAUGUAAGCCUUCAGAGUCCUCCGUUACUUCUAUUGCUUCAUUUGAAAGACUACCUUGCAUGUAAGCUGUGUGGUACCCAGUUUAGGUGCCUUCAGCAGAAGCGAUCAGAGUGUUCUUUCAAGAUGACCACAAGUUAGGUGUGUUCGCCAUUGAUCAUGUCUAGGGCACCAGUGCUAGUGCGUUCAGGAAUUUGAAACCAGAAAUCAAAUUUUGAUUACAAUU